AUGGAGCCUUUUGCCUGCCCAGACAACACGAUCAGCAAGCUCGAAGAGGAAUUCCUCGAUCUCGAAGAAGAAGCCCUCGAGCGCCCCGAUCAGACCUCGGAUCUCCUAAAGGCCGCCAGCGAUAUCAGAAGAGAGAAUGUGGAACCGGAAACAAAUAACCCUGCCCGGUGUUCCAUACCGGACUUGCCAGUCGAGUUGUGGACCAUGAUCCUCGGCUUUCUCCCUGACAAGAACCACGUUCGAGCCGCUGUACAUUCAUGUCGCUAUCUUCUUUCCUUGUGGAAUACAAACAGAGUGCAACUGAUCACUAACAUGUUGGGAAUGGCUCCCGGCGUGCUGGAAGAGGCAGCUUGCGCCGCAAACUUUCCCCUCGCACCAUUGUAUGACAGUACGGGGGUCGACAUCGAGCAAUUACUGCAGAGCCGUAGCCUGGGCUAUCGUGUCGGUAGAGUGAAUGGAAGCCGCAGGCACACCCCUUUUCCCAUGGAUCUUUGCAUCCCCAUCAAAAUGGCCCUGUCCUUCACGGGCAGCAGAAACCGAUGUCUCGCAAGCAGCUGUGCUUUCCGGGAUGUCUCCAGGCUGGAGAACAUACACCCGACCGUGCGCAAGCUUGCAGACAUCUACAUCGAACAAUGCGCGGCGUCGAACCCGAAACUGGCGGGUACGCUCCGGGAGCGCCCCGUCACGCUCGGGGAGCGGGAGCGGAUCGAAAGGGCCUUUUACCGCUUCGAGAUCUUCCGUCGGACGUUUGGCUCCUUCGAGGGACGGUGGGCUCGGGAGACAAACCGUGGCAUUUACGACAUCGACGCGGACUGGUACCGUGACUGGCUCGAUGAUCCCGUACCCCAUUUCAUUCAGGAGUUCAAGGAGUGCUUCAAUACCGUGGAGCUCAUCCAGAUGCACUGCAUAUACGGGUUCCUGAAGAGGCUGGUUACACCAGCGAUCAACGACAUGCUAUGGCACGAUUGCGAGCUGGAUGAGCUGAGUCUCAUCGAAAAUUGGGCUACGGACCAACGGGUCUCGGCUCAUGUUCUCGCCGGCAUUCACCACGUGUACAACAUCUGGGCCGCUUUCAAUGACAGGAGCGUGACUAGACUGUGUGGUUUGAUCCAAGCGGUGAGGCUCAUAGAGCAUGGAUCAUGCUCUAUCCCGAAACAGCACGACACGAUCUUCUACCACGUCCUCACUGCGGAACUUUACACGGGGCGCAACUCCAGCCUCGAGGUGACCAAGAGCAAGAUCGCUAUCCACGAUUCCGACGAGAGCCCCCGUGAUGCCUGCCUCGCAGUUGCCUCCUCCAUCCAGCGUAUGGGCAAGAAGAGCCCGGACGACCUGCGCCAUGAGAUCGAUGGUCUCGCACCGGACAGGCAGUGGGGAUUUGUCAUGUGGGACCAGCGGCGAUUGGAUAUGUUGGGCUUUUUUGAACAAAACCACGCUUCACCAAGGCCGCGGUCUCCCUUGACCGCAACAUCUACAAUGUUGCUCCAGCAUCGAAAUAGCCUCCAGCAACGCAUCUACAGCCAAGGACUAGGGCCAGAGCGCAUCUGGUGGGAAGGAGCACUCGGCCCAGUAUAUACGUUGGGGCCCAGGCAGUAUAACACGUGGUAUCCUCUGGCCGCGCCCGGGAGCUAA